ACCGCACCACCCUCACGCCGCUUGGCCGGCCGAUUGCGGUCUCCCUGGCUGACCCCUCUGGGGGUCCUGUCCUCUCUCACUUCUCUACUGUGCUCCCGUGUCCGGCUGCCCCCUCGGGCACACUGUCUGGUCUGUACCUUCCCUCGUUCUCGACGAACUUGGUGAGUGGUGCGGACCUACAGGAUGCGGGGGUUCACCAGUUCACUCCUGCGAGUCAGCGGGUGACCCACUGCACGGACGCACGCACAGGCCGACACCUGGCCACGUUCUCACGUCGGCCAGGGUCGAGCCUCUACACCCUGACCACUACAUCUCCUCCUGUCCCUGCGUCGGGUCAGGUAGCUGCGUCAGGUCAGGUGCUUGCUGCUGCGUCCCGGUCAGGUCCUGAGUCUGCCCCCUGUUCUUGUCGCCUCCUGUCUCACGAGACUCUCCUGUGGCACCACCGUCUUGGCCACCCCUCCUUGCCCCGUCUUCGGAGCAUUGCUUCCCGUGUCCUUGUCUCUGGUCUUCCCCGGUCUCUCCCUCCCCUUCCCUCCGGGCCAGGACCUUCCGGUGUCCCCUAUGUCGAGGGGCGCCUCCGGGCUGCUCCUCACUCCUCCCAGUUCCCCCCGACAGAGGCUCCACUGCAGACCCUUCACAUGGACGUGUGGGGCCCAGCCCCCGUCCGUGGGCAGGGUCACGAGCGCUACUUCCUGUUGGUGGUUGACGACUACUCGCGUUACACCACAGUCCUCCCCUUGCGCAGCAAGGGUGCUGUCACUGAGGUGCUGAUCGACUGGAUCCGCGAGGCUCGUCUCCAGCUCAGGAAGAGCUUCGGCUCAGACUUUCCUGUUCUGCGUCUGCACUCGGACAGAGGCGGAGAGUUCUCCUCUCACCUUCUGCGAGACUACUGUCGUGCACGGGGGAUCCGCCAGACCUUCACGCUUCCGGACUAUCCACAGCAAAAUGGGAUUGCUGAGCGCCGCAUUGGCAUGGUCAUGGAUGUCGUUUGUACGUCCAUGAUGCAUGCGGCUGCCCCCCAUUUUCUGUGGCUGUUUGCGGUGAGGUACGCGGCGCAUCAGCUCAACCUUCACCCCAGGGUCUCUCGGCCCGCGAUGUCCCCAGUCUUGCUGUGGACGGGGAAGGUUGGCGAUGCGUCGGCGUUCCGUGUCUUGGGAUCUCGGGCGUUUGUCCGCGACUUGUCUGCGGACAAGCUGUCCCCUCGUGCUACUCCCUGUGUCUUCCUUGGCUUCCCCACUGACGCUCCAGGGUGGCAGUUUUACCACCCCUCCUCUCGUCGUGUUCUGUCCUCCCAGGACGUCACGUUCGACGAGUCAGUCCCCUUCUACCGCCUCUUCCCCUACCGCACUCCUUCCCUCCCCCCUCCGCCGGACUUCCUUGUACCGGUUACUGGUGACUUUGGUGCUGCUGCGGGUGCUGAGCCAGGGGGUGCUGACUCUGGGGGUGCUGUGCGCGGGGGUGCCGGGCCUGGAGGUGCUGAGCCUGGGGGUGCUGGGCCUGGGGGUGCUAAUGCGGAGGGUGCUGAGCCUGGGGGUGCUGAGCCGGGGGGUGCUGUGCCUGGAGCUGCUGAGCUAAGGGGUGCUGGUCUGGAGCUGCUGAGCCUGGGGAUUCUCCUGCUGCUGCGUCUCGACGGGAGCCCCUCUCUCCACAGGAGCUGCGCGAGUGGUUUGCUCGCCGCUGGAGGCGUGCUGCUGGAGCUGGUGCUUCUUCGACCGUCGAGGGUGCUGGUGCUGCCGGUCCCGGAGCUGCUGGGCCUGCGGGGUCCUACUGGAGCUGGAGCUGCUGAGGGUGUUGGUGCUGAGAAUACUGCUGUCUGUCCUGGCGGUGGGUCUGCUGCUGGUGCAAAAUAA